AUGAAUUUUAAUUCCUUCAACACAUUCGGCCAUUGGGGUGUAUUCGAAACCCAGGAAGAAAAGCAAAUACGCGAACAACAGGAGAAGGAACUACAACAACGUGAAUCACAGCAACAAGAAACAGAAUCGUAUGAACAUACUUCAAAAAAUAGGGAAAUGGAAAAUAAUGAAAUUGAUCUCUUGGUCACCUCGCUUGGAUUAACCUCUCUGGUUAAUGAAAUUGGUGAAGAUAAAAACAAGGAGGAUGUUUUGAAAUCUAACGACGAAAAAAUACUAGAGAUAGUACUAGAAAGCGAUGAAGAAAAUGAAAAAGAAAGUAUUGAUCCAACAAAUUUAUCAGAAAAAAAGGAAGAAAAGGAAAAAGACGUUAAGAAGGAUGAAAACCCUUUUAUCGAGCCAGAACCAGUUGAAAUAGAAAACCCGUUACCAUUAUCAAUUUUGAAACGUCGCUCAGUGCCUUUGAUUGAUUAUCUAUGUCAACUACACAACUGUGCAUUCAAAGAGCUUCAUGUACUAUUCUAUAACAUCGAAAAACGCCGAGAAAUAAUUUUACACUUACAAAAUCAAGUUCAACUACGUACAUCCCAUUUGCUUUUUUAUAAAAAUUUUGUUAUUCGGUGCAACGAUUUUACUGUCCACCCAGCAAGUAUUGUUCCUGCUAUGGGCGGAUAUUUGAAUAUAACGGUACGUGGGUACUACUAUGUAAAACAUGGCAUCAAAUUACGCCACCCAUACUUGCCAUGCUUAAUUGAAUUUGGAGGAGGACAUCAUCGUUCUUACUACCCGCUCGAAGUUAUUUGUGUUUCUAAGAAAAGUAAACAGAUGAAAAAAUGCUAA